AUGACUGACACAACUGGUAAACCAAUAUUGGAUAAUGAAAAUAAUUCAUUAAGUAAAGGUAGAUUAAAACUGGUCACAAAAUUACUUAUGGAUAAUAAAUAUGAAUUAAUGGAUGAUUUAAAUUAUAGCAGAACUACAACGCAAAACAACUCAAUAGAAAACUAUUUCAUGAAUGAUACUUAUAUGAAUCAAAAUGGGCUAGAUAAUAGUAACAAAUUAAGUCUUAAUGGAUUAUCUGGGACCCAACAAGCUUCGUUAUCAUUUUUACCCGCGACAUCAUCAUCAUACUUAUCAUUACUUCCCUUUAUGACACAACAAGAAGAAGAUAAAACAUCUCUCAAUAAGAAUAACAGUAGAAGCAGUGGUUAUAGUAAUAGUGAAAUGAAUAAAUUACUUGAUUCUAAUAUACUAGAUACGAUUCCAAGUCAACUAUCAACAAACAAAUCUAAGAAUAUUGAUAAUUUUAAUUUCAAUAAACCUUUAUUUAUACCCAAAUCAACAAGAUUAAAAGCAGAAAGAGUUAAAAUUUAUUUACACUAUUUUUAUAACGUCUUGGAAAGGUGUAUAUCGUUAGAUAAUAACAGUACUACUCAACACUAUCAUAAUCCUAAUUCUCCCGUUAAAGAUAUAUCUUAUGUUCAUCGACAUCAUUACCAUGAAGGUGUAGAAGGUGUCUACAAUCCAUUACAGGUAAUACGAAAUAGAAAAUUAAGAAAAAAAUAUCAUUCUGAAUUAAAACCACUAAGAGAGUUGGCCUUCACAAAAGUACCUUUGAUUGCAGUAGUACAAUUUUCAAAUAAGCCAAAUAGAAAAUUGAAAUGGUUUGUUGAAUUAUCUGAAAAAUAUAGUGAUUUGACAUGGAGAACAUCUCACUGGAAUGAAUUAAGAAGACCUGACGGUAGACGAUGGAGUGAAAAUCCAAAAUAUAACAAUUUAUUUAAUGGUUCUACUGAUACAUCUUUUAAUGAUAGCAGCAAUUAUGAAAAGAUACACGGUCAUAAACAUCUAAAAAAUUGUGGUGAUGAAGCAGAUUCAAAUUAUAAUAGUGGUAGUAGCACUAGUUUUAAUUAUGAAUCCAAUAAUAAUGAAAUACCAUCCGGAAGUUCUCAUAAAAAGAGAAGUAAAAUUAAAAAAAAGAUAAAAAAACUUGGAAAUAUUGAUGACAACCAUUCACUUAACAGAAAGGAUAAAGAGACAAAAAACCAAGAUUUGUAUGAUAAUGAAAUUAAUCAUAAUGAUUUAUUACUAAAUAAUACUAGAAAACAUUCUUCAAAUUCAGUUUCUUAUCAAAAAAAUUUCUCUUCUUCCACAAGUUCUGUCAAUAUUAUUAAUGAAUUAGAUUCAUAUAAUAAUGCAUCAAAUAUGGAAAAAUUUAAACAUCAUAAAGAUAAAGAUAAUUUUUCAUCCGCAAUCACUAAAAUGGAAAAAAUACUAAGUAAAACAAAGCCAAAAAACUUACACAAAUCUCCAAAGAAACUGCAUAAAGAGACCAACACCUCUUCAGAUUUGACUAAUGAGGCAAUAAAACCUAAUAUUAUUACCACACCUCCCACUUUUAUAAUUAAUUCAGAUUGUAAUUCAACGCACCUUACUAAUAACAAUACUAAUGAUGAUGGUGGUUAUUCCAGCUCGUCUAAUUAUUUAAAAUUACCAAAUAAAAAAGACAAAAUUAUAUAUAAUAGUUCUCCAAAUUCGAAUGAGUCUAAAUAUUUAUCAUCUAAUAGCAAAGAGAACGAAUCGUCUAUAUCUUUAUCAUCUUUGUCAUCAUAUUCAUCACGGAUUUCCUUAAAAUUACAUAAAAACCAAGCAAAUACUGAUUCAAAUUCUACAAACAAAGACAAAUCUGAUAAGUCAAGUGAUAUUUCACAUAACAGCACCAACCGUCCAUCGAAUCUCAUGCCUACAAUUAACACAUCUUCAAGUAGCCCAUCAACAUCAUUAUCAUCAGAUUCUUCUUCAGACUCUUCGUCAAGCUCCUCAGAAUCGUCUUUAAUUUUAAAUGUUAAUGGCAAUAAUCGCAGAAACCAAAGAAGAAAACCAAUGGCUCCAAUCGCAUUACAUGAAGAUGGUGAUAUGAGUCUGAAUAAACCUACUUCUCCCUUAAUAAACAGUAAUAAACUAAACAGUAAUAGUAUACUAAAAACUACAAAGGUCAAUUUUCAAAAUAUUAACUAUGACAGAAGAAACUUUAUAAAUAAUCCAAAUACAUUUAUUGAUGACCAAUUGGAUCCAGAUAAUUCAUCCUCUUUAGAAAAUAGUACAGAAGAAAACCAGAAUAGCAGUAAUAGCGUUAUUAUCGAUGAACAAUUAUUGCAAUAUUGGCAAGACACAAGAUACAUAUUAAGUACUAUUGCCAUUAUGAAACAUCGUAGAAAGACACAUGAUAUAGUAAAAAAAAGAGCUAUUCAAAAACGUAAUGAAACUGUUAAAUUCGAGAAGGAUGCAGAUUACCAUAUUUCCAAGACAAAAGAAAUCAUCAACAAAUAUAGUUCAGAAUUAGAUAAAGCUAUUGUAGUGGGGAAUAAGUGGACGUCACGGUUACUAAAUGAUUAUUCCAUUCGUGUAGAGACAUUAAUCUCAUCAAGCGAUAGAAUAUUAUCUGAUAUCAAUACUACUUUAACUUUAAAAUUAAAAUUAUUUCAAGAAAAUACCGAAAGAUUCGAUAAUUUUAAAAUAGUUUAUUCACAAAGAUCAACAAGAUUGGUUUAUAAGUUGUUGGAACUAUUUAUUAUUGGAAUAUUAUGGACAAUUUGGUUAUUAGUAAUAACUGCGAAAAAAAUCAAGUUCACUAUCAUCCUAGCUUUAAAAAUUUUAAAAUGGAUGGUCUGGUAA